UGCAUACUUAGUUUUAAAUAUUACCGCCAGGUUGCAGUACUGUGCAUUGUUGACAAAAAUUUCGAAUUAUUCACAAAUUUUUAAUUUCUGUUAUUGCAAAUAUCAAAAACAUCAUGAAGAUUGAUACCAUGUAUAACGAAGAACAAGAACAAAUUAUUUCACAGUUAAUACAGCGUCAGAAAGAAGAAAAACUGGCUACAGCAACACUGGUAACCGAGACUCUCGCAGCACUCAAUAUAUCCGUCGACAGUCUACCUCAAAAAUCCCAACAAACUCUUCACCAACUCACCGUAACUCAAGCAUCACUUCACUUAGACAAAGUGGACCCAAUAGCUAUCUCUCUCCAACAAACCAAUCAAUUAGCCGACACUCUGGAUGAUGAGUAUGAAAUCUUGAAACUAAAACAAAAGAAUGCAGAGUUACAGAGAAGGAUAGAUGCGAAUAAGAAGUUUAUUGAAAGUUUGAGAAGGGAGUUGGAGUGGUCCAGGGAGUCGUUGGCGAAUAGAACUCCAGGACCUGAUGAUAUACAUGAAUACAUUAGGCAGGUGAAGCAAAAGGUUGCUUCUUACGAAGAGAAUUGCGAGAAAGCUAAGGCAAAACUAUCAAAACUUUCCGUGCCAGACGCUAUCAUGCCAAAGACAUUGUCUGGAUUAGUAGCAUCCCUAGAGACGCUCCGUAAGGAAGCAGCGUCUCUUCGUCAACGAGCCGAUGACGUCACACUCGCCAGAGACGCCAUAGACAAGCUGAAUAGGUUGAGGAGAUAGUUUGAUCCUUCGAGCAGGAUACAGGAGAUAAGACGGUAGUUUAAUUUUAAGUCAACAUUGUAAUAUGUAAGGUCUUUGUAUUAAAAUAUUUAUAUUUA